UGACCAGUGUGUGGGUCAUGAGCACGUUUGGGUACCGACGGGAGCUGGACAAGUAUGAAGAUGUGGACGAAGAUGAACUGCUGGCCUCGCUGUCGCCUGAGGAGCUUCGUCAGCUAGAGAGGGAGUUGGACGACAUCGACCCCGACGACAAUGUCCCCAUCGGCCUUCGGCAGAAGGACCAGACCAUCAAGACCCCAACCGGCACAUUUAGCAGAGAGGCUCUGCUAAAGUACUGGGAGAAGGAGACCCAGAAACUGUUGGAGAACGAGCGUUCAGGCUGUAGCCCCAAACAGGAGGAUGAGGGAAAUGAUAGCAAUGAGGAGGAAUGUGUGACAGAGAGCAACAGUGAGCCCUCGGAGGUCGAGGAUGAUGCAAAGAGCGAGGAAGAAGCCAGUGAGACUGAGGAGGACAGCGAGCAAGAGGAAGAGGAGGAGCCUGUAACUGAAGAUGAAGAUGACCAAAAAGAUGAAACAACACAGAAGAUUGAGAAUGAAACCAGCCCCAAAUCUUCACAGACCAUUAGCAAUGGUGUGUUGAAAGUCAGGGAAGAAUUGCAUGCGAGAGCAGAAACCCCGGUUCCCAAGAUGGUGCCUGAGCGGCCAUGUGGGAACCCCACUGUGAUUGACGAGACUCUCGAGAAGAUACUCAAUGACGAUGCAGACACGACUGAAGUCAACCUCAACAACAUCGAGAACUUAUCUCAAGAGACCCUAGUGCAUUUUGCUGAGGCCCUGCAGUCCAACACGCACGUCCGGGUCUUCAGCAUGGCUAACACUCACGCCGAUGACCAAGUUGCAUUCGCCAUCGCUGGGGCGCUCGAGAAGAACAAGAGCAUCUCAAACCUCAAUGUCGAGUCUAAUUACCUAACUGGCAAGGGUAUCCUGGCCCUGGCAAGGGCCCUUCAGAGGAACAAUACACUGGCGGAGCUCCGCUUCCACAACCAGAGACAUAUCCUGGGAGGCCAGGCCGAGAUGGAGCUGGUCAGGCUGCUCAGAGAAAACACCACGCUGCUAAAGCUGGGCUACCAGUUUGACCUAGCAGGGCCCAGGAUGAGCAUGACCAGCAUCCUGACCCGCAACCAGGAUCAGCUGCGCCAGAGGCGCCGUCAAGAGCAGAGGCAGCAGGGAGGCCAUGAUGGGGCAGCAAACCCAAGGACCAGUGCGCUACAGAGGGGCACAACCACUGCUUCCCCAUAUGGGUCACCGCGAGGCUCACCAUGGUCCUCGCCAUGGUCUUCUCCCAAGCUUCCACGUAAUGAUAUUGCCAAGAAGUCUAUGCCCCCUGUUCCCACGCCCCCGCCUCCUCCACCCCCGCCCCCACCCCCACCGCCACCACCACCACCUCCACCACUUCCUCCAUCCAAAACCCUCCCAGAGAAGAAGGUGCCAACCAGAAAGAUUGCAGAGGUGAUCAAACUGCACGAGCAGGGCAAGAAGAAGCAGCAGGCGGCUCAGAACAAGGCCAAAACGAGAAAGGUUAAGAAGGGAACGGCAAAGGAGAAAGAGAAGGAGGGCAACAUCCUGAAGGAACUGAAAAACGCCUUGAAGCCAGUUGCAGACAAGCGGCUGGAGGACACGUCACGGCCCUCCACACCUCAACGCUCCGCCCACGACGACCUCAUGGCAGCCAUCCGCAACAGCAGCAUCCGAUCCCUCCGGAGGGUGGAGGUCCCGCUCUACCUGCGGUGACAGGGCCUGGAGGUUGGAUCUGGCAACAGAACAGG